CGUAGGACACCACGAUGGCUUCAGGUAUGAUUUCGGCGCUGACAACUAUGCGGAUUUCCGAAAAGGCACCGGGUCUCUUCGUGUGGGCCCUGGGUACCGUCGCCUGGAUCCUCUUCGCGGCGCUCCUCGUGCACGUAGCGCGGGGCGUCGCCGACUGGCUGCGGUUGUGGUGGUGCCUGCGCGAUGUGCCAAAGCCCAAGCCGCAGAAGUCGUUCGCGCUGUUUCUCGACGUGUACAAACAGAUGUCGGCCAUGGGACCUCAUGUAGACGCUAAAGUCAAGGCAUUCAGGUACCUUAAAGGGCUGUUCAAGUCGUUUGAAGAGCAGGACGUGACAGUUGCUUUCUUCGGACCAUACCCCAUUCUUCUAGGUGCAACGCCACAAGUGGCAGAGGCUAUCUUGGGCGACCCAAAAAACGCGACCAAGGCCUUCUUCUACAAAAUGCUGAAGCCAUGGAUUGGUGAAAGCAUCAUCACAUUGGAGAACGAGCCAUGGAGAACCCGACGGAAGGUUAUGACACCGUCCUUUCACUUCCGUAUCCUCGACGAUUACACCCCCAUCAUGGACAAAAGAGGGAAGAGGCUGGUACAAAAGCUCACCAGUAGAAGCGGGGAGUACUUUGACGUCCUCCCCCUCCUUCGCGCAGCGGCCUUCGGAGUACUCUUUGAAACAACAAUGGGCAUCGAUUACAACGAGGAUGACAUUGAGUCAGUGGGAUACCUGAAAGUUCAUGACGCAAUCUGCGAAUACAUCCUAAAACGAUUCACAAAUUUCCACCACUGGUUCGACUACAUUUAUGCAUUCAGCAAAGACCGCAAAGAUAUGUUGAAACAUGUGGCAGAGGCAAAGGUCUUUGUCAAUAACAUCCUGCAGAAGAGAAUCGCCGACUACCGGAAAGGCAUCAGAGAUCCUGUUUCGAAAAACUCACUGCUGGAAACUUUUGUACGAAUGUUCGUCGACGAAGGCACUCUCAGUGAACUUGAUGUUAGAGACGAAGUUCUCUCCACACUAAUUGGGGGCUUCGACUUUACGGCGACAGGACUCGCCUUUGCGCUUUACCUACUCGGCCACCAUCCAGAGAUUCAAGAAAAGGUCCGGGACGAGAUCGACGCAGCCUUUGGAGACGACUGGGAGAAGUCACUUAACCCUAGAAGAAAUAAAAGGUCUCACGUAUACGGAAUGCGUGCUGAAGGAGGCUAUGAGGCUCUAUCCCCCGGGACCACUUUUGGGCCGUUUGAUAACAAGAGACACAAAAAUUGGAAAGCACACUAUUCCUCGGGGUACAGUAGCCAUCGUGGCUUUCUGUUUUCUUCAGAGACAUCCAGGUACAUUAAGAACCCGGACAGUUUCAUGCCCGAGAGGUUCAUGGGUGCAAAAAGCAUGCCAACCUACGCAUAUGCGCCCUUCUCAGCGGGACCGCGAAACUGUCUCGGGCAAAAGUUCGCUCUGAGAGAAGAAAAGGUUAUUCUCGCACACAUUUUACGCCGCUUCAACGUCAGUUCCAAAGUUCCUAUCGACGAGCUUGAGUUAGCCAUAGACUUGGUCCUGAAGCCCAUUCAAGGCCUCGAAUUAAAAUUCACACCGAGAACGCUCCUUCAUCGAGUUGAAAGCAGCUGAACAUAAGGGCAGCCACGCGCCCGGAACAUGUGCCGCGUUACACUCUUCAUCGACAUCUCUCGCUGA